AUGGGGGCUACACGUGAUGAGUCAAGUACUACGGGAGCAGUACAGCACCACGAGGUGCGGUCGUUUGACAGAGAACACGCUGCAGGUGGUUCGGAGCGACUGUGUCGUCCAAAAAGUGGCACCAAACAUUUUCUUCCUGUACCAAGACUGCGUUCUUGCGAGACGCCGAAAAGGUGGUUGCGAGAGAAAAUACGAAAGCUUGCUGCGCUCCGGGAGCAAUGGGAAAACAUUACUGAAGCGGAAUUUGUGGCAAGGGAGGUUGAGCAGCAGAAGGUUCGCCAACACAGGCCGAACCCGAGCCCGGUCGAACUCGAGUUUUGGUCAUUCUUAGCCGCCCACAACUACCGGACUAGCUACUUCAUAAAACACCAAGAGAUUGCGGCUAUCAGGAAAUCGUUACAUGAUGAACGGAAGAAGCUUAUAGAUAUCGCAUUGCGCCCGCCAACACCAGGAUGUUCCGAUACUGGCUGUACGGGGAGUGUGAGUGCAGCACUGAGCUGCAGCGGUGAAGGCCAUCCAACGCCUGGCAAUAAUGAGCGCGCUGGGUUUUCGCGUAGCACUGAACACCUUUCGCCCGACUUCGCGGACAUGGAGCUUUGGAGGAUGAAGGCAGCCGCCCGUGAGAAAUGGGACCGCUGGAGGUCGCAAAACGCCUUUGUCCAGAGCGAGAUUCAGCGACGCCUGAAGAGCGAAAACCCAAACCCUGACAACCGCACCGUGAAGGCAUGGCAAGUUUACGCGCGACGGAAAUAUAGGACAAGUGCACAACAAGCACUGUCGGCCGUCGAAAAACGAAUGCAACAGAUUGUGGCUGCGCAGCAAAAGCUAGAGAGUCUCCGAUGCCCCCCUCCAGAGACGGGCAAUUCAGUGGCACUCCGUCCCAGGGGCGCAGGCCGGUCGAGGGCUGGACCGACCCUUCCCAUUGCUCACCAUUGGGCACUCCUCCCGAUUGAGACCGACGCUACCACGAAGAGCGGGGAGCAGACACAUUCACCAAUGCGUGAUGGGCAUAAUGAAGGCGCCCGGGCAGGUAGUGACGCACGACCGGUAGAUCCAAUGGGCAUGGGACCUUCUAUGCCCGGUUUUGCAGGCAAGCCCGGUUCUGCGAAUACAGCGGAACUUACCAUAAAAAACCCGUCUCGCCAGGACAGCAUAAAGCCAUCUGUCAAGGUGACAUGCUCGAAGCAGAAACCGACACUGUCUGCGGACGACCCGUCCCCACAAGUCACGCACAGAAGCCGCGGGGGCGCGCACCUUCCAUUUAGGAAGCGAUGGUCACUACAUAUGACUGCCGCUUCGUCCUCCCUUCCAGCUGCCGCUGCCGCUCCCUUGCCGGAUGACAAUCAGCCGCUACCCCCCCAAAAGCCUCCACCACCUCCCGCAGGGAAUUCCCUAGAGCAAAACACGCCACAGCCCUCCAAAACGCAAUCACAACUGCCAGCCGCCCCGCCACUAACGCGACAGCAUCUCGCACCACCCUGCCGUAACUUGUACUCUGGACCGACAGGUGCACCGCAGCAUUCUCUACGCGGGGGACUCUCUCGAAAAUCAAUCUACGGUCCUCUUUACCGUUAA